ACUCCGAAAGGUCCAGGCUGAGCUGGAAAAGGCGCAGGACUGCUCGGAGGGGGCUCCGAGGCCGAAAGCAACGCUCUGCAAAGCGAGAGCCCCGUCGAGUGGGGCUGCCUCCGCGUCGGACCGCCCUCCCAUGGAAAGCAGAAAAGUUGCAAGGAGCCAUAAUGUAAAUGUCAGGGUUCCAAGUAACCCCCAACAAAAGAAGAAACAAGAGGAUCAUAGAUGAGAAACGGAGAAAACAAAUCAGAUGUCCUCUGAAUAAGCAGUUUCCAAGGCUGAUUUUGUAGUAUCUAUGUAACCAAAGCCGUCUUUAUUUAUCCAUGCAGUACAGUUAUGCUUCUGUUAAAAAUGAUAGUUUGCUUUGAAAUGAACGUGCCUGUGAUUAUGCUGCUAUGUCUUUAAUGCUGACUACCGUUUCUUUCAAAUUCUCACUUCCUCUUUUCUGACAAAGGAGGGAGGACAAAAGUGUUUGUUAAUGUCUGUGUCUUAUGUCGUCUAGAUGUGAUAGACACUAAGGAGCAUUCUUCUUUGGGCUAACUUGUGUUUUUAUGUUUCAUCCUUUCUGUUUCUGAAAUGUACAACAAAUACUGAAAGGUAGCCUUUGUCCAGUUCUUUCAUGCUACACAUACCUAGUUUUCCUAAUUACAGUAUCUGUGUCUCACUCCGUGUUUGAUUUUUUUUUAACCAAUGACAUUUUUUCUAGUAUAUGUGAUCAGUUAAACAGGAAGUAUGCCUGUUUAAUCAGUUCUCUUAAUUAAAAAAGGGGAAAACAUUGGUAUGUGCAUCUUGGACGUAUAAUUAUAAACAUAAAGCAAGAGGCUUUAUUAGAUGGCAAAUGUGUACUGCUUAUUAUAUCCACUGCUCUCAUAAAACCAUAGAAUUAGUCCUGGUGUUUGGAAUUUAAACAGAGGAUAAACAGGGAGCAGUGUGGCAUGCAGUGAAAAGGGCUGGCUAAGACCAGAAAUAUCUGGCUUCUGUGCCCAUCCAGCCAUUAAGAGUGACCUUGUAGUAGUCAUCAAAGACCUCUUGGGGAGGUAUUAUAUUGGAGGAGGGGUGUAUGUUUCUGGGAUGCGUAUCCUCUCCUGAAUAAAUAAAAGCAAAGGAGGAAUGAAACAUAAGUAAUAAAUUCAGUCUUCAAAUUAGAUAUCACAUAACUAUUCAUUUUUAGAAUAAUAAGAUAUUUGCUCUGGACUUCACAAUAGAGACAAAUUUAGCAGUGAAGAAUAAAAAGAGGUCACAUUGAAAGAAUAUUCUCUUUUGUGGGUUCAGUCUAUGUCUUUAUCCAGAAAAGUUAAAAUACCUAUAAGGAGUUCAAUCUGAUGGUUUUGCUCAAAUAUAAGAACAUGAAUUCUUGAAUAAUUACCUUAAAAAGUAUUCAUAGCUGAACACAAAUGUGGAGCAACAUAUGGAAACAAAUGCAACAUUUAGCAAAAAAAUAAAAUAAAACUCUUUCCCUUAGCUGUAUAGCUAAAACUAAGUUCCAGUUAUUUUGCUUCCACUUUCUGAUCCAGUUGUAACCAUGUUUGCACAUUUUCCAAGAGACUAUAUACAGCUUUCCAUUACCUGAUGCCUCCCUCCCCCAUACAUUUACGAUUGUCAUUAGCAAUGCCAGUUUGGAAAUUGUGGGAUUGAAGUUUUGGGUUAAUCAGACUGAGGAAGGUGAAGUUUACACAGGAAAAAAAGACACUUGAAUACAGUACCACAUUUAGUCACUGAUCCCUAUUGCCUGGUUAUCUGUCCUAUUUUUUUUUAAUCCUGAUGCCCUUAUUUUGAAAUGCUUUAUUAAAAUUCCCUAAAUACCACAAUAACAUAUUGGCAAUAAGAAGAUACAAGUAACUACUUUCUUUGGAGAAAAAGACUUAUUUUUAAUUAAUUAAUUUAAUAUCACUUAUUUCUUCCCACUUUACCUAAUUGUAGGGGGUAAAACUAUUCAAAAAUUGAGGCAGUGGGAGUACUAGUUACUUCUUACCUCAAAAGUACCAAGGAAAAGGAGGAAUAAUCACUACAGGUUUUCUCUUAAUGUGUGUGUGUUGCAGGCAGGGGAGAAAUCAUAUGUGUGGGAAUUAAAGAUGUCAUAGAGCAGCUGAACUAGGAUUCCUGCAGAGUGAAAGAUGAUACAUGACAAGCUCUCUGCAGGUCAUAUACCUGCAUGGUUUUAACUCUUAAAAUAUUCUCAGUAACAGAAAGAAAACAAGGAAGUAGAAACAGAGUGGCAUGAGAGUGACACACAAACUGAAAGUUUCUGUUGAGAAGUUCAGUUCAGUUUCAAUUAAUGGAAAUGACUCUGUCCAUUCCUUUUUUGUAGGCAUGUGAAAGAAGGAAGCAACACAGUCUGUGUUCUUCUCCCACUGAUAGAAGUUAAUAGCAGCAAGACACAAUAAGAUGGUUGUAUAUUUUCAUCCAGAUCUAAUUCAGGAAAGGACCGCGGACGUUAUGGGCAUUACGGAAACCUGGUUGGGCACCGAAGGGGGGGUUCCCCUAGUGGAGAUGUGCCCACCAGGUUUCCGAGCAUUCCAUCAGCCGAGGGCCCAGGGUAGGGGUGGCGGUUAUUAUUAAGGAGAGUCUUGAGCCGAGGGAGACCACUGUGCCUCAGAUAGCUGGGUGUGAAUCCCUCUACAUGAAGUGGGGUCGUAGGACUCAGGUGGUCUUGCUGAUCAUGUACCUGGCUCCUUGCUGCGUGACAACAGCCCUGCCUGAACUGUUGGAGUUGCUGGCCGGGUUGGCAGUUGAAACCUCUAGACUGUUGGUCAUGGGGGAUUUCAAUCUGCCAUCAACUGGCGUGGCAUCCUCAGCGGCUCGGGAGUUCAUGGCUUCCAUGAUGGCCAUGGACCUGAUUCAAUUAAUUGACGGCCCUACCCACGUCGGGGGAGGCAUCCUAGACUUGAUUUUUAUCUCUGGCCAGUGGUUGAAUGAUCUGGUUUUAAAUGAUUUAGUUGUUGAACCUUUGUCAUGGUCAGAUCAUUUUCUCCUUCGUCUAGACUUUCUGACCACUACCCACCACCGCAGGGACACGGAACCAAUGCGUUGGUUCCGUCCCAGGUGCCUGAUGGACCCAGAGAGGUUCCUGACGGAGCUUGGGCCGUUUCCCGAGAAUCUGGCCCACAACACGACUGAAGAACUAGUCGCGGCCUGGGAACAGGCCGCGGCUGGAGCUUUGGACCGUGUUGUGCCUUUGCGGCCUCUGACCCGGCGUCGGUCUCAACCAGCUCCUUGGUUCUCCGAGGAGCUGAGGGAGAUGAAACGCCGGAGAAGACGCCUAGAGAGUGUCUGGAGAUCCAGCCGUUCUGAGGCUGACCGGACACUAGUUAGGUCCUAUAGCAGGACCUACCUAGUGGCAUUGAGGGAUGCGAAACGUUCCUACGUUUCCUCCCUCAUUGCGUCAGCAGAUAACUGCCCGGCCAUCCUGUUUCGGGUGACCCACUCUCUCCUCCAACAGGAGGGGCGGGAGGACCCCCUACAAGGGCGUGCCGAGGAGUUUAAUGGUUAUCUAUACGAUAAAAUCGUUCAGCUUCGGGACGGAUUGGAUCAAAAUUGGGUAGAUCCAGGCGAGAGUUCCGAGACCCGUCUUGUUGAGGUGGUUUGGGAUAAUUUUGACCCUGUGACUCCCGAGGACAUGGACAGGUUGCUGGGUAGGCUGAAUGCCACCACAUGUUUACUGGAUCCGUGCCCCUCCUGGUUGGUACUGGCCACACAGGAGGUGACACGAGGCUGGCUCCAGGGGAUUACAAAUGCUUCUUUGUGGGAGGGGGUCUUUCCCGCCGCCUUGAAAGAGGCGGUGGUGAGACCUCUCCUCAAGAAGCCUUCCCUGGACCCAGCUGUUUUAGGAAAUUACCGCCCAGUCUCCAAUCUUCGCUUCACGGCGAAGGUUGUAGAGAGUGCGGUGGCAUGUCAGCUACCCCAGCACCUGGAUGAAGCUGUCUAUCUAGACCCGUUCCAGUCCGGCUUUUGGCCCAGAUACAGUACGGAGACAGCUUUGGUCGCGCUGGUGGAUGAUCUCUGGAGGGCCAGGGAUAGGGGUUAUUCCUCUGCCCUGGUCCUAUUAGACCUCUCAGUGGCUUUUGAUACCAUCGACCAUGGUAUCCUGCUGCGCUGGUUGGAGGGGUUGGGAGUGGGAGGCACCGUUAUCGGUGGUUCUCCUCCUACGUCUCUGACCGGACGCAGACGGUGUUGACAGGGGGGCAGAGAUCGACUCCGAGGUGCCUCAUGUGUGGGGUGCCGCAGGGAUCGAUUCUCUCACCCCUCCUGUUCAACAUCUAUAUGAAGCCGCUGGGUGAGAUCAUCAGUGGUUUUGGGGUGAGAUACCAACUGUACGCUGAUGACACUCAGCUGUACUUUUCCACCCCGGGCCACCCCAGCGAAGCUGUCGAAGUGCUGUCCCGGUGUUUGGAAGCCGUACGGGUCUGGAUGGGGAGGAACAGGCUUAAACUUAAUCCCUCCAAGACGGAGUGGCUGUGGAUGCCGGCACUCCGGUACAGUCAGCUGCAGAUGCGGCUGUCUGUCGGGGGCAAGUCGUUGGCCCCGAUGGAGAGGGUACGCAACUUGGGCAUGCUCUGGAUGGGCGGUUGUCCUUUGAAGAUCAUUUGAUGACCGUCUCCAGGAGAGCUUUUUAUUAGGUUUGCCUGAUCCGCCAGUUGCGUCCCUUCCUGGACCAGGAUGCCCUAUGCACGGUCACUCAUGCUCUCGUUACCUCUCGCCUGGACUACUGCAAUGCUCUCUACAUGGGGCUCCCCUUGAAGAGCACUCGGAGACUUCAGCUAGUCCAGAAUGCGGCUGCGCGGGUUAUUGAGGGAGCGGUUCGGAGCUCCCACGUAACACCUAUCCUGCGCAGACUGCACUGGCUACCUGUUGUUUUCCGGGUGCGCUUCAAGGUAUUGGUUACCACCUUUAAAGCGCUCCAUGGCUUAGGACCGGGCUACUUACGGGACCGUCUACUGCUGGCUUCUAUCUCCCAGCGUCCAGUGCGUUCCCACAGAGAGGGACUCCUCAGGGUGCCGUCAGCCAAACAGUGACGACUGGCGGCCCCCAGGGGGAGGGCCUUCUCUGUAGGGGCUCCUACCCUGUGGAACGAGCUUCCCCUUGGGCUUCGACAACUACCUGACUUUAGGACCUUUUGCCGCAAACUUAAAACCUAUUUAUUUCGUAUGGCUGGACUGGCCUGAUUUUUAAAUUUUAAAUUUUAAUUGAAUUUUGAUGGAUUUUAAAUUUCUGUAAUUUUAUGGGGUGUAAUGUUAUUUUAAAUUUCCUGGCUAAUUGAAUAAGUUUCUUAAGGGUUGUUUUAAUAUUGUGUAUGUUUCUGUUUGUAUUUUACUUGCCUGUUCACCGCCCUGAGUCCUUCGGGAGAAGG